AAAACAAUUCAAGUCAUUUUUGUAAAUUGUAGCUUAGCUUUGCCCAAUCCUACACGACCCCCUUUCUUUCGGCCACGCUAUCCCAACCACCCCCAUCUCCACCAAACUUCCUCUUACCUUCCACGCCUCAUCAGUUUCUUUUCACAAAUUAAACCCUUUUUUUUGUUGCUUCUUUUUUGCAUUUCUGAUCGAACCCAUUUGGCUAAAUCGUUCAGAUUUAGCCUAUAUUCAUUGUAUGCAUGAUGAUCAGUCCCAUAUCCAUGGCUGGGUGGACAUCUAAUAACCCAAAGUUGAAUCCCAAAGCAGUGGAUGGGAAUGAAAUGUUGAAGGGUCUAAAUUUAACUCCUGUUUCUCACAAGUCUUUUGGUUUGGACCUCAUACAGAACUGCGAUCUUCCUCCUCCGAUGAAAGUCUUUACGGGUUCCGAUAACAAGACUGUUUUGUCAUCCAUGAACAGGGCUUGCAGCAUGAGUAUGACCCAAGAAGAUGAUAACAGGGAUGAAUUUGACAUGUGUGGAAACAGAGGUGACGGCGGCGAGAAUGAGAAGUUGGAGCUUUUGAAGGCGUUGAGGCUGUCGCAGACAAGAGCAAGAGAGGCAGAGAAGAAGGCUGAGAAAUUGGGAAAGGAGAAAGACUGCCUUUCUGAUGCUCUGCUUGCGGAGGCCAGAGAGUUGUUUGCGUAUAGGCAAUGGGUGAGGUUGCUUGAGCUUAAAGUUUCCAAGUUGGAGUCACAAUGGGCAGAGCAAGAGGAAGAGGGAUCUUUUUUGGGUGGCAGAUCAAAGGGUUUGGAGGAGCAGUCGGUGAAGGAAGGAGAUGAGGGUGAGAAUGGGGAUGGCAUUUCUUGGAUUGUAGCUUUGGCUCUUUGUUUUGGCAUUGCCGGGGUAGGCUUUGCAUUUGGCUGCAGAUAUUUAUGUUGAAAUUUCAUUUUUUGUAAAAGGCCAUAGUGAAAGACAAAAAUAGAUGUAUACAUGAUCAUACCUGGUAAAUGAAUACACAUUUCAAGCUUAAAA